AAGACAAUUUUUUUUUGUGGAAGAAAUAGAAAAUAAACACGCUUGAGCGGAGAAUAUUAAACCUCUGCAGAAAUAGUUGCAGGAAAAGCAUCCGGGGCGAACAGGUUGGCAACUAUACGUACGUCAAAAAACAUGUUGAUCCCCGCGACGAGAUAUAGCAAGGUAGUUGCGGUAUUCGCAACCCUUGACGUCCUCGGUUUUUUAUUCCAGCACAUCAAAACCGUCCGCAGUGAAGAGCGUGUUCCUAGUACCGGUCCCGCGACGGAGGUGGCACAACAACAAAAUCCACAGCCAGCUAAAGAUUCCCGUCGUCUGUUCCACAGCGCGAAUCUGGCUCUGGAUUCCGUCCUGGGCGGUUCCUGCGAAUCUUGCGGCGACACGCAGCAGGGCCAGGGGUCCUGGGACAACCAGUUUCGGUGCUCGGAGCAGGGAGGCGGCGUCCACCAAAUUUGCUACCGGAACAUCCGGAACAGCGGGCUGUCCGCGAAAACCGGCCAGCCUACCACACAGAAACAAGCAGGCAGGUCAGAUUAUUUGUAAUGCAAAAAUAAAUACACAAGAUCACCCCUGCGUAUCCAUAUCCUCAACAGCAUGCUAUGGCGUCGCCCAUGGCAAAUUUUUCGGUGUAUUUGUUUUUGCAUUUAUACAAAUGUGCCCUGCUAGCGUUUUCCUCUGGGAUACAGCCAAACUGGAGCGACGACCGGUGCGAAGACUGCAACCACUGCGUCUGCCUGGGCGCGUGGGCACUGUACGUGGCGAAGGGCGGGCGCCGGUUGUCGCGGUCCGCGGAAAAGUGGCGGGAGUUGCGGGAUAAAGAUUUCGAGCCGAUGGACGUCGCGAGCAAAACCCCUCCGUUAAAGCGGCUGCUGUUGUCCAAGAAGAUGCCGCACAACAUGCUGAAGUGCACGGCGAUCCCGGAAACCGCGCUGCAAUACCGGUACGUGAAUAAUUGGAACACGUGGAACGGACACGAACUACCAAACCAGGUGAUUGACGGGGUAGAGGAGUUAUCCUGUGCAAAAGUAUCGUACUCGUAUUGCAAUCAUGCAUUACAAAUCUUCUUUUUAAGGUAAAUCUGCAUUACAAAUUUCAUUUCUCAUGCUGAGGAAAUUUGUAAUGCAUUUAUAGGAGGACGAUACUUUUGCAGUUCAUAGGAGUUGGUGGCGCAGUGCCUCGAACAGAGCUCGACGGCCAACCAGAAGAAACAUCUGACGGAUUUGUACUGCGGGAUGGCAUAUCCACUGCAAAUAUGGAUCUGGGUCUGGAAGGAUGCAGGGUCUGUCAUGCUUGUCUGGCAUGACUGAAGAGCUUGUGAUGCGCGUCCAAGAACAGACCCUUUUGCUUGUUAUGCAAGACGCACUUUGUCAUGCGGAAACCGCAACACUUAGGCACGAAAAUAUUUCUCAUCAUGCUUGGCUGUGCAUUACAGAGCAUUCAAUAUUUCCAACUCAGCAUCACAAGUUUCCAGAGCCACACGUAUUUGCAGUUGAUAUGGCUCUGCAAACAUCCUCACUGAACACGCGGCCGGCGUACAACGAACUGUGCAAGGGAUAUGGAACUGUCAGGAUCGAAAUCGUCAAAGUUGAAAUGAUUUGCCAUGCAUAAAAUGGAUGCCAGUUGUAAGUCCCGCAUGACAAAUUUGGGUGGAACGGAAAUCCAGUUUGUCAUGCUGUCUGGGUAAGGGCGACGCCUUUUGUCAUGCUACUUUGGCAGCGUCAUUCCUACCCCACCUCAAAACAGGCUUACAAGCUGGCUCACUUGCCGACUCCGCAAGACAGGCGCUUCGUGGGUUGCGUUUUGUGCAUGACAAAUCAUUUCAACUUUGCCGAUUUCGAUCCUGACACAUCCAUAAGGGGGAAUCGCAGCCGGCGCCCGCCCCCGCGGCCGCCCCUGCGAUGAGCUACGUGGCCCCGACGCCAGCAGCAAGCGCGCAGCAGGUGUCGACGGGGGUGCAACCCAGCAGCACUACUUCGACCGUCAAUGCGCAAGCUCCGCCCACCCAGAACAACCCGCCCAUGAUUGCGGCCGCGCCAGGAGCUAGUGGUAGUGGCGCCGUCAGCACGACGUCAAGCAGCACUGGGAAUUCCGUGUCCGCGCGCCAGCCGGCGGCAGCGUCGGGUGCCACGUCAGCCGAGCGCGUCAACCCAACCUCCUCGCAGGACACCAGAAUAAACCGCUCUUCCUAUCCUGAGUAAAAACGUCCCCACACCAUAGUCAAGAUGGGGAAUCGGCUAGACAAAUCAGCCAGCUUUGGUUGUUUGGCAUGACAAGUUUGUCCGCGUAGUGUAGUGCUGUUUGAGCUAGUUUAGCAGCGUUACAGAUCUAGUAUCUCGCGCUGAUUGGAGCAUGACAAAUUUCAAAACCGCGCUAGAAAAUGCUUCUCAUGGGGCUCCGCAUGAGAAACAUUUUAAGCAUGCAGAGUUGCAUGACAACUAUGGUGUGGGUACGUUUUUACUCAGGAUACUUCCUCGUCAGGAGGCCAGCAGGCGGUGCAGACGAAUUUCAAAAUCAGCUCGAAGUAUCCUAUGUAAAAACGCACCCCAUAGUCAAGAUGGGCAAUCUGCAAGACAAACCUUGAAGUUUUGGGAGUCACGCAUGACAAGUUGCGGGCUGUGCUGUAGUUUAGCUUAGCAAGGGAAGCCGCAUAAUAAAUCCAUCUCCUUAUCCUGCCUACAGCAUUACAAGUUCCAAAACACGAUGGGAAAUGCCUCUCAUGGGGAUGCGCAUUACAAAUGCUCUUGUGCUUGCAAAUCUGCAUGACAACUCUGGGGGGGGGACGUUUUUACUCAGGAUACGAAGGUCAGCGGCUUCAACAACCUGAUCGAGGCCCGGGCGGUGCUGCACACGGGAAACACGAAUUUGGUGAGCAACUUGUGCCGCAGCUUCGUGCAGACAGUCGGGGCGAGCUCGGACGAUUGCGUUGUCAACCGGAUUAUCAAAUGCAAAAAUGUCUGGGUCUGGAACCAUGCGCGAUUUGUCAUGCAGCUUUUCCAUGACCCUUGAGGUCUGGAAAGCAGGACGUAGCAUGACAGAUUCUGUGCGAUCUCUCUCAUGCCCAUCCUGCAUGACAAACUCCCUCCCUAGUUGGUCAAAACUGGACGACUUUUGGCAAUCAUGCAGCACAGACUUUUGUAUGCUUCAGAUUUAGCAUGACAAUUUGCAGCAUUCUUCCAGACCCAGACACUUUUACAUUUCAUACGGAUUGUCGUGACAAGCAGCCGGCGGUCGUUGGGAGAAAGUAUGCCUGAGGGUCAUGAUGAUGUGCUUGUUGAACCGACCAAGGAAACACACGACCGAAACCUCCAAACGCAACAGUUCAAUAUGCAGACCGACAUUUCCCUGACCGCGCAAACGGCGCAGCAGGCCAGCAUGUUCGAAUCCCGCGUGUCUACCGCUCCGGCAGUGGUGGAGGCGAGCAUGAAUCAGGCCAUGCCCACCGGCGUCCUGCUUACCGGCUCGUCCACGGCACUGGGGGGCCGGACGGUGGUGAGUAGCGGAAGCAGCAUGACAAGUUUCGCACUGAGCAGCGACCGAGUGGGGGGGAUGACGGGCGUCGUGAAAGCGGUGUUCGCCGUGGUUGCCGCCUUUCUGUUUUUGUAAAUCUGGUAAACCAAAGAACGACCGGUUAUUUUCAGACGGAGAAGCAGAUGCAGUACAACAACGAACGUCAACGUGAAGAAGCUCCUGCCCAUGCAACUGGGCUGGCAAAUGAAUAAUAAUUCGGAGGGUUUUGAAGAAAUACGACGAAUUUGAAUUCGACCGUGGUGUUUUAUUUGCAACACCCAUCCUGUCGAGAGUGAAAGUAUCGACAAGCAUGCUGGUCUCACUUUUGUACGUACGGAGUUUUUUACAGCGGAAGGCAUGAAGAUUUGAAAAAAUACGGAGUUUGUAUCUUGUCACAAUCUUGUUAAGGAUUUAAUGCACUGAGGUCUACCAAUUAUGAGCCUUUUUUUUUUUGCGAGUUUACCUUUUUCGCUUUCGAGUUCUUGUUAACAUUUAUUCGGACAUGCCGGAAGAUGUCGUGCAUGUUUACAACACGACCCGGAAAGAGCUAUAUGUUUUUCUCUUUAAUUCUAUUUUUCAAUUUAGGUUAACGUUACGUCGUGAACCAGCAUUGUAUAGUUUCAAAAACCACUGCUAAAAAGUAGUCAGUUUAUCCCUAAAUAUUUUUCGUGCAGAUUUGCUAAGUAUAUGGUUCACUAGAGUGAGGUCGAGAGCCUUGCGAUUUUUUGUUCUUGUUCUUAAGUACCCUCAUAGAUAUGCAACUACUAUUUUCAUUGAUGUGCAGCUCGAAACUUCAUCUUGAAAUGAAAAAAUAAACAGCGUAUGUUGAAGCACUUUGUUUUGAACGUGUGUGCAGAAAAAUUUUGAUGACGACUCGUCAACGAUUCCCCGUGACAAGAAUCGAUGCGGUUUUUCAAAUCGCGCAACAGUGUGACUGCUAGAUCGUGUGCAACAGCAGUAGCAGUAGAAGACUUUGUGCGUUUAGGAAGAAAUUUGGCUUGCUUCUUUUUCCUUUAUCCAGGACCCGAAGCUGCUGAGGAAACAACUUUGUCGAGCGAUGCGUGAGCAGUGUGAUUACGAUUAGUUAGUAGAGAGGGCGCAAAAUAAAUAUCGUGUGCGGGUGGAAAACGUAGCCUGCGCGUGUCGGGUUCGCUCUAGUUCUUUCUGCUGGGCGAGAUUCUGGGGCACCAACGUGAUCGCCGCCCCAGUUUUGAAACGGGCGGCGCGCCACGGGGGCGUUUUCGGAGCGAGG